AUGCCACGGGGUGUGGAGCUGCCGGAAGUGGGAGAUGGAGAUGAUGACGAGCAGGUUGAGGGUCACGGUGAGCAGAGAGACGGAGGCCAGCAGGGUGUAGAGCAGAGCAGUCUCAGAGCGGGGUUUAGGCAGCCGCCUGCAGGAGGAGUUGAGGUUUGGAAAGCAGAGCAGAGGACCCUCGAUGAGAGGCCACAGAAGGAGCCAAACUCGGCUUCAUCGUCCAUCAUGAGGUCACGGAGGGCCGAGCUCUACAUCUCUUUGAAGGCACAGGACCAUCAAACCACCAUGUUCUACCACAUCUGGGAUCAAAAGAUUGGCCUGGUGCCUUGGUGGUUUAGAGGUGUCUCUUUAAAGAGUCAUCUUAAAGGAGUGCAGCUCCAUGCCGUGGACCUGAGGGCCAGCACCAGCAGCUACAUCCCCAUCACCUGUAUACUCAGUUCAGCUGGUACCAAAGAUGAAGACGAACAGUUCACUCGGCUGUUGAAAGAGGAGGAAGCACACAUCUCGAGCGAGAUUUUGGCCUUGAGGAAAGAUAUGGUCAAAGCCCUCGUGCCCACCGACCCUCUCGACUCCAGUGACGUUCUGCUGGAGGUCGUGUCGGGACGAACGACAGGAGGUGACAUCUGCCAGCAGUUCACCAAAGAAAUGUUUGACAUGUACCAGGGUUUUGCCUUUUACAACAAUUGGGACUUUGAGCUUUUGAACUACACGCCUGCUGAUUUUGGUGGUCUGCACCAUGCAGCUGUGAGAAUAGCUGGGGACAAUGUAUACAGACAUCUGAAGCACGAAGGAGGAACUCACCGGGUGCAAAGGAUCCCCGAGGUGGGCCUCUCCUCCAGGAUGCAGCGUAUCCACACAGGAACCAUGACUGUCAUCACCCUGCCUCAGCCAGUGGAGUUUGACGUCCACAUCGAUCCAAAGGAUCUUCGCAUCGACACGUUCAGAUCUCGAGGUGCCGGGGGCCAGAGUGUCAACACGACAGACAGCGCAGUUCGCGUCGUUCAUCUUCCCACCGGUAUAACGGCUGAAUGUCAGCAGACUCGCUCUCAGCUGCAAAACAGAGACACUGCCAUGCGUGUGCUGAGGGCCAGGCUCUACCAGAGCAGGAUGGGUAAAGAGACUGAGCAGAGGCAUACGGCAAGAAAGCAGCAGGUGGGCACACGUUCUCAGUCGGAGAGGAUUCGUACUUACAACUUCAGCCAGGAUCGCGUCACGGACCACAGGACCGGAUAUGUUACUAGAGAUAUUAAGGAGUUCAUGAAAGGAGGGGAGGCUCUCCACGAUCUGAUCUCUGAUGUACUUGAGCAGGCGGAGAGGGAAGCUCUUCUGGAGGCGGUGGAGAGCAGCAGCGGUCUGAAACCACCAGAGUCUGGAGGACAAUCUGCAGACUGAGUGUGCAGAACACGCAGUACAGGUGCAUCUCAAUAAAUUAGAAUAUCAUGGAAAAGUUUGUUUAUUUCGAUAAUUCAAUUCAAAAAGUGAAACUCGUAUAUGAUAUAGAUUCAUUACACACAGAGUGAAAUAUUU